AUGUCGCUUCUCUGGGUCCUGACCAACUUGGUGCGCUGGGUGCGCCUCAAGAUUUACCAGUAUGAGGUGACCUUCGCUAUCUAUAUGCUCACCCCAACCGAAAAGUUCAUCUUCAACUCCCUCCUCCUGACUCUCAUCACCAUGAUCGCCACCGGUAUCUACAUCUACCUCCCAGACCACAUUCGGGCCAUCUACGGCCAUCUGUACUACUACUGGGUCGGCGAGCGUCCUUUCAUCUCUUCCCGGCUGACCUCGAUGAGCUCGGUCUUCGGCGAGGCCGCCACCCAGAGCCUGGAAGUGGUUUACGAGACUGCCAAGAACGCGGCCGCGACGACAACACAACAUCUGGCCGAAUUGUGA